AAUAAAGCAGAUAAAUAAAGAGUUCUACACCUGCAACUGUUACCCACUUUUCAGAGGUAGCCACUGUAGCAAUUUAACUUGUAUCUGUUCAGAAAUUUGCUAUUCAAAAAUAUAUUUAUCCAUCUUUCUAAAAUCCAAUCAAAUUACUCCUUCUGAUACCCGGAUGAUCUUAUGACUAAAUGCUUGCUUUAAAAAGGUUUUUGUAAUUAUUGUGCUAUUUAAAUAAAACUCUGAGAUUUAAUCAUAAAUCUCACCAGAGGAAGAUCUCAGUAGCCUGAAGCUGAAAAAGGUUUAUUUCUGUUAUCAGCAGAGUCUUAGCUGUUGCUGCUGCUCAAUAGUGUAAUUUUAAGUAAUGUCAUGGUCAUGGUGUGAGUUAGGAAACUGAAACCCACGCUCUUGAUGUAGCUCUGGUGUCUUGUUCGUGAUGUUGGAAUGGUGGCUCACCUGCAGAGAUGGCAGAGAGGUGUAGACUGACAGCAAGUCUGUCGAGUGGGAGACCGUCUACAUCACCUACCGGAAGUGUCACACAGCAAUCAAGUAUGUCCCAGACGUCUAUCAACCUCUCCACUUCUCCUACACCUGCACAGUUAAUAAGCCGUUCCCAAGCUUCCAGUUCUACCAGCGGCAGUAUUACCCAGCAGACUAUGUUACUAGGGAGUACCUCCCCCACCCUCACAGCAAGCCAAGCUCAAAUGUAUCUCCGAGCUCAAAUGCUGAUUUUCACACCCGCUACCACUGUGGCCGCUGUACAGUCUGACAUUCCUGUUGUCUCGUCGUCAUCAUCAUCUUCCUGUCAGUCCGCAGCUGCGCAGGUUCAGAAUUUAACAUUGCGCAGCCAGAAGUUGGGUGUGUUACCCAGCUCACAGAAUGGUCCACCAAAAAGCGCUAGUCAGACUCAGUCGUUGACAAUUUGUCAUAACAAAACAACAGUGACCAGUUCUAAAAUCAGCCAACGGGAUCCUUCUCCAGAAAAUAACAAGAAAGGGGAAAGUCCGAGUCUGGAAUCUCGAAGCGCAGCUGUCACCCGGACGUCGAGCAUUCACCAGUUAAUAGCACCAGCUUCAUAUUCUCCAAUUCAGCCUCAUUCUCUAAUAAAACAUCAGCAGAUUCCUCUUCAUUCACCACCUCCCAAAGUUUCCCAUCAUCAGCUGAUAUUACAACAGCAGCAGCAGCAAAUUCAGCCAGUCACACUUCAGAGUCCAAGUCAAGAUCCACCCCCGUCCCAGCACUGUCUCCCACUCUCCAACCACGGCCUUCCCGCAGCCCCCAGCAGUGCCCAGCCGCAGCACUGUUCUCCAAUUCAGAGUCACCCUCCUCCUUUAACAGUGUCCCCCAGUCAGUCACAGUCAGCGCAGCAGUCUGUGGUGGUGUCUCCACCACCCCCUCAUUCACCCAGUCAGUCUCCCACUAUAAUUAUUCACCCACAGGCACUUAUUCAGCCACAUCCCCUUGUGUCCUCCGCUCUCCAGCCAGGGCCAAAUUUGCAGCCGUCUGCUGCUAAUCAGGUACAACCUGCCACACAGCUGAAUCUCCCAUCCCACCUUCCACUCCCGGCUUCCCCAGUUGUGCACAUUGGCCCAGUGCAGCAGUCAGCCUUGGUGUCCCCAGGCCAGCAGAUCGUGUCUCCAACAUCACACCAGCAAUAUUCAACCCUGCAGUCCCCUCCAAUCCCAAUCGCAACCCCUCCACAGAUGUCGACUUCUCCUCCAGCUCCACUCCCACCGCUGUCCUUGCCGUCUAUGCAGUCCUUACAAGUGCAGCCUGAGAUUCUGUCCCAGGGCCAGGUUUUGGUGCAGAACGCUCUGGUGUCAGAAGAGGAGCUGCCCGCUGCAGAAGCUUUGGUCCAGUUGCCGUUUCAGACUCUCCCUCCCCCACAGACUGUUGCGGUGAACUUGCAAGUGCAGCCACCAGCACCUGCUGGCCCACCAGUGGUGUAUCAAGUAGAAGAUGUGUGUGAGGAGGAGAUGCCUGAGGAGCCAGAUGAGUGCGUCCACAUGGACAGGACGCCUCCGCCACCCACUCUGUCUCCAGCAGCUGUAACACUGGGCAGAGAAGACUUGACUGAACACCCUUUGUUAGAGCAAGUGGAAUUACCUGCUGUGGCAUCAGUCAGUGCUUCAGUGAUUAAGUCUCCUACAGAUCCCUCACCCGUUUCUGUUCCUCCGCCCCCACUUCUUCUCCCAGCCGCAUCCACAAGGAGCAGCACUGCAUCGGGGCAGGGCAGUGCGCCCAGCAUGGACAGCCGGCCGCCACAGGCCAUCGUCAAGCCCCAGAUCCUCACCCAUGUAAUCGAGGGCUUCGUGAUUCAGGAGGGGCUGGAGCCAUUUCCUGUGAGUCGUUCGUCUUUGCUAAUAGAACAGCCUGUGAAGAAAAGGCCUCUUUUGGAUAACCAGGUGAUAAAUUCAGUGUGUGUUCAGCCAGAACUACAGAAUAAUACAAAGCAUGCUGAUAAUUCAUCUGAUACGGAGAUGGAAGACAUGAUUGCUGAAGAGACAUUAGAAGAAAUGGACAGUGAGUUGCUCAAGUGUGAAUUCUGUGGGAAAAUGGGAUAUGCUAAUGAAUUUCUGCGGUCAAAACGCUUCUGCACCAUGUCAUGUGCCAAAAGGUACAAUGUUAGCUGUUCUAAAAAAUUUGCACUUAGUCGUUGGAAUCGUAAACCUGAUAAUCAAAGUCUUGGGCAUCGUGGCCGUCGUCCCAGUGGCCCCGACGGGGCAGCGAGAGAGCAUGUCCUUAGGCAGGUCUGUAGAAACCUUCUUCACUGUACAACUCCCUCUUCAGAAAUGCAAGGCAAGUGCAAUGCUGUGUUUUACUUGUACUGCGUUUUCCAGCUUCCAAUUACUUAUCCAUCUGCAGAAGAAGACGUGGCCUCUCAUGAAGACUCUGUGCCGGCUGCUGUGACAACUCGCCUGCGUAGGCAGGGUGAGCGGGAGCGGGAGCUUCGUGAUGCGAGGAUCCGGAAGAUGCCGGAGAGCAAGGACCUGCUGCCAUCCGCACAGAGCGAGCCCUCUGUGUGGACGGUCGAUGAUGUCUGGGCCUUCAUCCGAGCUUUGCCUGGCUGCCAGGAUAUUGCAGAUGAGUUCAGAGCACAAGAGAUUGAUGGACAGGCCCUCCUCUUGCUGAAGGAAGACCAUCUCAUGAGUGCCAUGAAUAUCAAGCUUGGCCCUGCCCUGAAGAUCUGUGCACGCAUCAACUCUUUGAAGGAAUCUUAACAAAGACACGAACCUGUGAUAGAGCAGCAGCUUUACUCCUCUCCAGCUGACUCAUAAGGUAGAGGCCCCAGUUGGCCUAGAAUGUUACACUUCCUCUGACGGAUGGUCAAGCACAUUGGGAUGUCUGCAUUAAAUGCUGAUGUUUCUGCUACAGAUAGAGUAAUUUAUCAUUUUCGUAAUUAACCAACAGUGAUAAAAUUAAUUUUACAGGUUACACGCAACAUUGAAAGACUUGUUAUAGAGGGCCAUGAUAUUUUUCAAAGAAAUGUGUUAUACUAGAUAAUUUUUUUAAAGGUGAUGUUUAUCAUUAAUAUAAAGGGUCCUUUUAAAUGUAAUGAUUUACAUUCUCCUCUUUGAUUUGGUUUUCUUAGACAGUUUUCUACCCUACUAGUUUUCUAAAGGUUGUAUGAGAGAUAUGGAAUAAUUUAGGAGUCCAGUGACAAAAUUGUAUGUGAUGAAAUCAGUGUGCAUUUUUUAAAAAGUGUCCUGUAGACAAAUACUUUGUCCAUAAAAAAGAACUUGUGUUCUCAUGUGAACAAGGCUGAUUUGGAAGUCUGAAGAGUUGGUCUCUGUUCCCAGUUUGACCAGGAGUUUGGUUGAACUCAGAAAGUUGGUCAUCUUCUAAGUUUUUGUACAUUUGGAGCAGUGGUUCUCAAUCUAGAUCAGUUCUGCUCCCCAGGGGCAAUGCCUAGAAACACUUUGGUGGUUACAGCUCUGUGUUGGUUCUGGGGAGGGUGCGGGAGGUGCACAGGAUGCUGCUCGUGCCGAAAUAGCCCGGCCCAAAGCAUCAGCACCAAGGCCGGGAAGCCCUGGUGGUACUUGUAGAAGUGAUAAGUGUUGUUCUUUUUCACCCAAAGGGAUCUGUUUAAAAGAUGAGACAUAACAAGGAAAACAUACACAAUUGAAGUAUUAUUCAGAUAGCAUUAGUAUUCUGCUGAUUUUUUUUCCAGUUUUUUGCAUAUUAAGAAAAGAACCCCACAGAAUUGGCCUGCCAAAUAAGGAUGAACACUUAUUUAACAAAUAGACUCUCAGAAAGUGCUGAUUCACAUUUAUCUCCUGUAUGUUGGUGCCCCUCUGCUCUGACAGAGGUGCACUAUAGCUGUGCCUGUGAGCUGCAGGGCCUUUCUGGUGCGGGCUGGUGAGUAGUGGGCCUGGGUUGCUCCUGGAUGCUCCAAGGCGCAUGCGCAGGUCUAGCUGGAGGGUACAUUCAUUUCUCCGUUGUCAACACUUGCAUGCCUCCUUCAAAGCACUCACUAAGUGAUUUCUCUUCAGUAGUCAGAUCUAAUUUUUAUGUACAUGUUUAAGGGAAAAAAAUUUAAAGCAGAACCUUUCACUGAACAGUGUUCCAUAGAAUUAUGACGCUAAAACAAAGUAAUGGGAGCUCUGAGAGCAGUGUGGUCCUGGACAUCAAACAUUCUGUUUGAGAGGAUUAUGGAGGUUUUAUUUGAAUCUUAUGUCUUAGCUUUACUGUAUGAUUGAGGUAUCUUAAUAAUUGAAGGCACACACAUGUCUACUUGGAGAAGUUCAGAUAAGUGGGGAAGAGAGGCCCUGAGUGUCAUUUUCACUGCUCUUUUCAACAAGAUUAUGUUGAGCUAGUAAAGACUAAAGGUGCCACUGAAGGCAUCACAGAUACUAUAUUUAUCUUUUGGCUUUGUGUACAUUAGAGAAUGUUGAUUAUUUUUAUAUAAAAAUAACAGCGGGUAAUUUUUUUAAUCUUUAGAUGCCUCUUAUUUGAAUGUAUGCUUUGUGGGAUUCUGUGUAGUGUUUUAAAAAAGAUGUUUACUGAUAGUUAGGUGUAGGGUUAGAAUGUCAUUUAAGGCUCACGUUCCAGACCUACAAUAGCUCGUAGUCUGUGUUACAUAUCACAUUUUUAAUUAUUGGAUUAAACUUUCAAGGAAAGCUAGGUAUUCUGUAAUCAAUCUUCAUUUACUAGCAGUUAAUCAUUGUGACAUUGUGUCGCACGCUUGACUUUCCCCUCACCUUGAAAUUUCAGAACACAAAUGUAAGCUAAGUCUUAGUAAGAGAGGCCCAGUGUAUGAGGGGAGGAAGGCACAAAGGGAGAGCUUCCCUGGUGUUAAAGCUUUUCAGAGGUUAUCCACAAUUAGUACAGUACUGAUUAUUUGAGGACAGACUCCAGCAGUAAGAAUUCCUUCCCACAACUGUAUUAUCUGUGGCCUUUGAGGUAUUAAUUUUGAACUGUUCUGGGUUCUCCUUUUGUUCACUCCCUCUUCUGAUGUUGGUCAUUUUGUGCUUAUGGAAAGCCCCUAUGCCUAGCACACUCUUAAAUACCCAGGAGGGGCUUACAAGAGGGGUUUCUGUAAGAGAAUACCUUAUAACCUUAAAUUUUACAAUCUUAAAACUAGCACAGAAGUCCUGUUGUCCCCACUCAAAACAUACCCAGAAAAUGCACUUACUUUCCUUAAGUGAAUUAUUUUCUUUAUAAAUGGCUCAUUUGCUAUUAACCUGGUAGUUCUGCUAAUGUAGCUGUUUUUCUAAGUGAUUUACUCAUCUUAAUUUCAAAGCUUACAUUAUGUAUAAUGGUUAUAUAGAUAAUGCUAGGUACCUACCUCUCUCCUGAGCUUUAAGCACGGUGUUAGCAUGAUAAUAGGCAGGGAGAGUAUAUUGCUAAUUGUUUUAAGAUUUUAAUUGGGUGACAGAAUGAUGAGCAGAAGGGGAGCGUGGAGGUUCUACCUAGUUUUGCUAUUUAAGUUUAUAUUUACUGACUUUAAACUGUUGCACUCUUUUCCCAUUGGGAAAAAAAAACUGUAAGUUUGAAAUUUUAUUUGCUUUAAGCCUUAGGUUCUUAGGAGAGUUAAACAACUGCAAAUUGGUUUAUAAAAUUUUUUUAUGUGACAUUAAUAUUCAUGAAGCCUGUGCAGGCAUGUGUAGGGCACAGCUGUGCAGCUGUGAGUAAUCAAUGUAUUUUGAGACGGAGUUGUCCUCAAACCUGUCACCUUCUGUUACCAGUAGUUGUGGCAUGUAACUGUUUACCUGGUGGCAUUUUAAUUUGCUGUGGAAUCCUUGUACGCCUCUUAGUCCUGGCUUAAGAGCUGUUGCCCAGGAGCAGAAGGUGGAGCAGGGACCGAGAUGUCUGUGAAGUAGCUUGUGGAAAGAGGCGGGUGCAGAUCUGCCGUCUGGUUAGUGGAGAGCCUGCGUCACCCCUCAUCAGGUUCUGCUCUUCUACCUAGUUAGAAAUAGAAGUGACUUUUUAAUUAGUUAUCCCACUGUUUCUUGGUAUGUUGAAACACUUAAGACUGUAUGAAACAAGUAUUAUUGUGACCAGACUUCUGAACAGUUUGUGACAUGGUUACUCUUCAUGUAUCAGGUAUAAAGUUAUAAUCAGACAUUUAUUCACAAAAUAAGCCUUAGCUUGAAGUCUGGUGUAGUGCCCUCUCACUGUCUUGUUCUGGUAAAGGUGUCAAAGUCCAUUCUUCUCAUUUCAAGGUUUGGUGCCCCCAUGGCACAAGUAUGGUCCAGGGCAGUACAGUUGCACACGUGAAUGGCCGUGAAAGAACAAACCAUUACAGGUUAAUGUAAAUGAUGCUGAACUCACAGCCGUAUCCAGUGGAUAAAAUCUGGGAACAGACACAUUGUUAAAAUGUCUUAAAGAUAUUUUUUCAACCAGAGCAGCCUGGUUAUGUUGUGUAACUUAAAGACUAACCCUUGGGCAGUUAGAGGAACAUGGCGGCCUGCUGCGUUGAUCAUGAGCUAAAGGUGCUGGAGGGCCUCACCCCAGCAUCUCCCCUAAGGCCUCUGAUAGCUCUAAGAAAAUUUUGUGAAAACUUUCUUCUUAGAGAAACCUUUUCCUGAAAACCCUUAGAGAGGAUUUUGUAUUAAGGCUAAUUUUAGGGAGGGAGGCAUCUGGGGUAGGACUGUCUGUUACUACCUAAUAGUCAUGUUUCAGUAAACCUUCAGGCAGUGGGAACUGGCCACCUGUGCAGAAUGUGUGCUUGUGCAGACACAGCUUGUGCCCCAUGUCUGGAACUAGUGAGGCCUGUGGGAGGGGUCCUGGGUGGAGACGCCAGACAGGAGGAAGAGCAUUCUAGGUCCAAGAGGAGCAGGUGAGCUAAGUGGAGCUGUUCUGUGUAGAUGGCGCCUCUCCCAGCCGUGCGGAGGAGUGACUUACACAGCAAGAAGCAAGCUAUAGGUCUCACAUGUCAGGAUUGGCCUGUCCUCAGACUCAUCCUUUCACAUUCUUCAUCAAGUGGCCUCUCCUCAGAGAUGUGGAUAUUAAUAGUUCCAAUGAUACAUAAGUUACUGAUUUUUGAUUUCUGAAAAAGGUGACAGUUUUUAUAGUUGGAGAAGAUUUGUCAAAUUCAAAAGUUGUUGUAACUGAGUUGUCAGAGUUACACAGAGUUUCCAUUUUCAGAUAACCACAGUUGAAUCAAUCUUGUAGAUUGUUUUAAAAAGGCAUUUUGCUGUGAGGCUGUGUCAGCAUCUGAGAGCUGCAGGUUUCUCUUCUCCAGUCCUGCCGUCAGGGAAGCGCGAGCUUUCCUCUGCCUCUGGUGCACGGCAGUGUGGAUCAUCCAGAGACUGGUUACCCACCUGCAUCAGCAUUGGUAUUUUAUAAAUCUGUUUAGAGCAUUUGAUUUCAUCUCAAAAUUGUGAUUCAACUCGGAUAAGCACAAAUACAGUGUUAGGAAAAGUAAAUAUGCAGUCUUAACUAAAUUUAGUUUCAACUUGUUAAGAAGUGCAUCUUUUAAAAACUGGGAAGAUACGAGAAGUUUGUAAAAUGCGUCACUGUCGUCUCCUUCACAGGAGCAGUAGA